AUGGUUGCAGAGGCGGACGGGCUAUUCAUCGUCUCGGAGGCAGCGUUUGAAGACAGAGCUACCGUGCUGGAAGAUCCAUACGUAGGCGCAGAAGAGGCUGCAGAGGUUGUGGGUGCAAAAGUGAAAGCCUCUGUUGUUGCUGUUGUGAACUGGCUUGUAGUCGCCGCUUCAGAGAUAGCAGACGACGACGACGCCAUGCCGGAUGAUCCAUACGGGGGUACAGUAGAGACCAUUGAGCUCAUAGGAGCGUGGCUGGGUAAGUUCGUUGGAGGGCUUGUGUCGGAAGCGGCCGCGCUGGAUACUCCAUACGCCGGCACCGUGGGUACUGCAGACCUGGAAGAUGCAGAGCUCGGGGAGACAAAGCUUGAAGAUGGAGAGCUUAUCGGAAUCGUUGGUGGUGUCGUCACCGCAUCAAUCGAAGUCGACAAUGGCGCGUAG